CGUCUGGCUAGGCGGUGCAUUGGAGUGAGUGAGUCAGUGCUCAAAUGCAAUCACUUGCGAAGGGUAAACAAUCCCCCUCCCUGGAGUCGCCUUUCAUCGCACAUCGUCGCCGCUGCUCCAGACACAUUGGCUUUUUCUAACGUGGAGGCAUCAUUUGAACGUAAGCAUCUGAGCAGACGAACUGCUGUGUGCAGUGUGCUGACCCCAUUGACCCUGUGACUGCUAAGUGUGGAGAGUAAUUUUUGAAGAUUGGCCAAAGGGCUACUGAGGAACGUGUAAAACAAAGCACCGUGAAUAGUGAAUCAGGAUUUUGCGGAUGUUACCAUGGCAGCAGUACAAGUGGAACAACAGCUCCCGUUAGCGAACGACACGAAGAUCGUAAAGGCGAAACCAGUCCGCAAGGUUUUUAAGGGCGCAUCGCGCGUUAUCAACAAAAUACCCACCACCUUGCUAAACGAUGCUGAACUGAACGAGGCCAUCGCGGCCCUUCCCACGAACUACAAUUUUGAGGUGCACAAAACCAUCUGGCGUGUGCGGGAAACGAAGGCCAAACGUGUUGCACUGCAAAUGCCAGAGGGUCUGCUGAUGUUCUCGCUCGUGAUCAGCGACAUCAUCGAACGCUUCACCGAAGCGGACACCGUCAUCAUGGGGGACGUCACGUACGGUGCCUGCUGUGUAGAUGAUUUUACCGCAAAAGCCCUAGGGGCGGAUCUCCUCGUGCACUACGGGCACAGCUGUCUCAUUCCGAUUGAUCAGACGACGGGCAUCAAGGUGCUGUACGUAUUCGUGGACAUCAAGAUCGACACACUGCACUUUGUCGAUAGCGUCAAGCUGAACUUCCCCCGCGAACGUAAGCUUGCCUUCGUCAGUACGAUCCAGUUCGUGGCCACGCUGCACGCAUCCGCCAAGGAGCUACGAGAGGAAGGAUACGAUGUACUAAUACCGCAAUCCAAACCACUCAGUCCGGGUGAAAUAUUGGGCUGUACUGCUCCACGACUAGCCAAUGGGGCCGAUCCGGAUGGGACAUCGCGUACCCUUAUAUACCUUGGCGAUGGACGCUUCCAUUUGGAGGCCGCCAUGAUUGCAAACCCGGCACUCGAAGCGUACAAGUACGAUCCGUACGAGAAAAAGUUUACCCGAGAGCUGUACGAUCACGAAACGAUGCGUCGCAACCGGAAGCAAGCGAUCGAUAACGCUCGCGAUGCACAGCGUUUCGGACUCAUAUUGGGGACACUAGGACGGCAAGGUUCAACGAAGGUGCUAGAGCAUCUCGAGGGUCGUCUGAAGCACCACGGACGUGAAGCAAUAAUCAUACUACUGUCGGAGAUCUUCCCCACGAAACUCGCCCGAAUGGAACACAUCGAUGCGUUUGUUCAGGUUGCCUGUCCCCGACUUUCCAUCGACUGGGGUACUGCCUUCCCAAAACCGCUACUUACCCCCUACGAACUUUCCGUUGUGCUCGGAGACGCCGAGUGGAACAUACCGGAGUGUACUGCAGCAACCGAAGAGAAACCGAAACCCGUACCCAACCUAGAGGUUGCCUAUCCGAUGGACUUCUAUGCUAAUGCGAGUCUCGGCCAGUGGACACCCAACUUUAAGAAGCUUGAUAUCUGCGAAAACUCAAACGGUGGCUGCUGUGGUCGAUGCAAGGAGGAAAAGGACAAGGUGGACGCGAAGGAAACAUCCGCAAGGAUAGCUGCACAAGAGGAAUAGUUUGGUGGACUUUAGCUGCUUGAUUGGUGCUGCUUGUGCACGUGUUAUAACUAUAAAAUGCACUAGGUAAACGAAAACUGCCCCCUCAAAAUAUUACGAAACAAAUGUAUCGUAUAUUCGCGUAGUUUGUAAGAAUGUGUAAAUAUAUGACAUACCAUAUUCAAGAAAUCUUAGUAACGAUUGUAGCGUUACUCAGCGAUGCUGUUCGAAUGAAUUGUACUGAUUAAGAAUAUCUUUAUUGAAGAAGAAAGGCCAGUUUUUGUUCCCAACAUAUAGUACAAAUCAGGGACAAGUAUUGCAAAGACAUAAAUAUUAAUUACUAUA